AUGGGUCUCUGCAAGUGUCCCAAGCGGCAGGUGACGACGCAAUUCUGCUUCGAGCAUCGAGUGAAUGUGUGCGAAAACUGUAUGGUGGUGAACCACACGAAGUGCACAGUGCAGUCGUACAUUCAGUGGUUGAAGGAUAGUGAUUUCGACUCCAACUGUACCCUGUGCGGAAGUCCACGAGAUAGUGACGAUUGCGUUCGGCUCAUAUGUUACCAUGUCUUUCACUGGAAGUGUCUCAAUGCGCGACAGCAAAUGCUACCCCCAAAUACGGCCCCCGGUGGCCAUACCUGUCCGAUCUGCAGUGAACCACUGUUUCCGCCCAGCAACCUGGUGUCGCCGGUUGCGGACGUGCUGCGCGUACGGCUCGGCCAGGUGAACUGGGGCCGGAACGAGCUUGGCCUACCGUUGAUUUUGGAUGAUAAGCACGAUAAAAGCUACACGGAAGCUUCGUCCAAACCAUCGGUGGAUCUGAUGGCAAAUCAGAAUGGUAGCGCCAUGACGGGAUACAGUGACGUACACGGGAUGAUGUCCCAGGGCCGGACAAUGGGAACCAACAGUACGAACCAAGGGUCCAGUAAGGAACGGCCCGAAACACCCCAUUCGGUACUAAACCUCGAUCCGUACGUUAAUAUCGCAAACAGUAGACGAUCGACACUGCUCACCCGAGAACCACCGAUCGGUGGUUCGGAUCGGGACGACAACAAGUACAAGCGCCGCACACCGAAGGAAAUAUUUUCCCGGUGGUCCCGCCGGCUGUACGCACCGUCCGCCCGGCCCGUUUGGCGAAAAACGUGGUUCCUGUUCGCGACCGGUCUGCUCGGGUUCGUCUGCAUCGUGUACGUGAUGGCAACGAUCAGCCGGGGCGAGGAUCACGGUGACCGGGAGCUCGGUGGUUUCAUUCCGAAUCGCAACCUACCGCACGCCGAAGAGUGA